AGAACAAAUAUCAUUUAUGUUACAAAGCAAUAAGUAUAUACAAUUUCGAAAACUUUAGUGCCCAAAUGACCAUAUACGAUAAGUAUGAACAUUAUUGUCUAUUUUGUGACAAUUAUAAUCCUGAUAAAUUCCGCCGUAUUGAACAAAUGUCGUAUAAUAUAAAUGAUCGUAAACAAUAUGAAAAAAGUAAUAUACAAAACGAUGCAAAUGCGCAACCAACUAAUUUGAAUAUUGGCCGGUCACAUUCGAAUAUUAAAAUAUGUGAAAAAUCUUUGUCAAAGUGUAGUGUCACACAUCCAUGUGAUCGAAGAGCAUCGUACAGUAAUAUACGAAAACAUUCACAUCAACGGAAAAUAAGUCGACCAAAAACGGCAUAUGAAGAAGAUAAUCAGCCAAAAAAUUCAUUUGACGUCAACCAUUCAUAUGAUUAUGAUUUUAAUUCCCUGACUAAGACACGAUUACAAGCUGGACAUUCACCUUCAAAAUGCACCAUCAAAAGUGAUUAUGCAGUACACAACUCCGAGGGUUCGAACCUAGUUUCGUCAUUAAAAGCGCCAUCAUCUUAUGGGCGUAGAUUGGAAUCUCCAAAUUGUGUGUUUUCUAGACCUUAUUAUAAUGACACUAAUAUUUCUAAAAACUCACCAAAUAUUGAAUAUACGCCACGUUCUAGCUCACGCGAAAAAAUGUCGCGUAAAUCAUCCUAUGAAAAUUAUGUUUCGAAACAUUCAUUUUCAAAAGAUACAGAGAGAAAAAGUUCACCAACGCAGGCAGUUUUUGAUGAGAUUUUAACUCCAACUUAUGAUGAUAGAAAAAUAUCUUUUAGUACUCGACCAUCUUUUGAUGUUGAAUCAAACAAUGAGAAUAGACCAUCUUACAAGGAAAAUACAUCAUCAUAUAAUGAAGCCAAACUUUAUGAUAAUAAUAAACGAACGUACGAUGGAAGUAAACAAUCCUACUAUGAAAGUAAACAAAUCCAUGAGGAAUUUAAAACACCUUAUAAUGAACUAUCAUAUAAUGAGAAUAAACAAUUUUACAAUGACAGUAGACCUUCUUAUGAAAGUAAACCAACUUAUAAUGAAAGUAAACAAAUCCAUGAUGAAUGUAAAACACCUUAUAAUGAAAAUAAACAAAUAUUCAAUGGUAGUAAACUACAUUCUAAUGAAAGUAAACCAUCUUAUAAAGAAUGUAAACAAUCUUACAAUGACAGUAGACAAUCUAAUGAAAGUAAACCAUCUUAUAAAGAAAGUAAACAAUCUUACAAUGACAGUAGACCAUCUAAUGAAAGUAAACCAUCUUAUAAUGAAAGUAAACAAUCUUAUAAUAAUAGCAGAUCAUCAUAUAAUGAAAGUAAAGUGUCGUACAAUCAAAGUAAGAAAUCGUUUAAUGAAAGUGCACAGUCUUAUCUUACAGGAGAAAGUAAAAUUCCUUCUUAUAUUAGUGAAGAUAAAUCUUAUGAGGACAGUAAACCCUCUUUUGAAAGUAACGCGCCAGCUUUCAAAGAAAAUAAACAACAAAUUCGUCCUACUCAAAAUAAAGAAUUUUAUAGUGAAGCUAAGCCACUUUUUGCUGAAACCCCCCUGCUAUGUUUCCCUAAUGAAGAUAAAACAUCUUAUGAAAUUAAAGUAACAAAUGAAGGUAAACAAAACAUAGAAAAAACGGAGCUACAAGAAAUCAAGCAGGAAUUAAAAAAGGAUGAUACGCCAAAGUCUCCUACAAAACAACGUAAACAAACUUCUUUUCGUGAUGUUACUCACUCAUCCUGCCACCAUAGGAAAAGUUGCAAUUGCAUAAUAUGCCUUGAUAAGCUUUGUACACAUAUGGAAUUAACAACCACACCAGAAGAAGCGGAAAUUCGAAGAAAAAUUGCUGAAGUAUGUAUCCAAAAGAAACCAUGUGCAUUACAUCCUGGCAACGAUUGCAGUGUAACAAGUUGUCCUGAAGCAAUACGAAUAACUGAAUCUUGUCGAAAUUACCACGAUGGAUUUGCUUUUUCAGAUAUAUUUCAAAGUAAUGGAAGUUGUGGAGAACAAUGUACAAGAUAUUUUUUAAGAUUUUGUGUUCUAUGUGCUUUUAUAAAAUGUUUCACUUUGAGCUGGACUGCAAGAGAAGUAACAACGCCCGAUGCUAUGUAAAAACGAAUAGAAUACAAAGAAAGCUUUGUAUAUUGUAGGCUUUUGUGU